UAUUUCAUCCAUUCUUUGAAGCGGUUGAAUUCACAAUCCUGCAAUAUGCCACACUACGAGAGCGAGCCCAAAAUCGAUACCAAUGUUGCCACGGGUGACUGGCGCGAUGACUUGUUCCGAGACGGAUAUGUCGUAGUGAAGGGAGUUUUGUCGGAGGACAAAGCUCAGAGCUACAAGGAUCGCAUGUUUGAAUGGCUUGAAACCUUUCCAUAUGGCUUCAAAGCUGAUGACCCGUCUACAUGGGGCAAGGAGCACCUCCCUGAGCACAUGAAAGGUGGCAUGUAUCAUGGGUACAUGGUACAUCAUGAAAAGGUUAUCUGGGACGCCAGAACGGAGCCUGCUCUCAUCGAUGCCUUCGCAAAGCUGUGGGACACCAAAGAGUUGCUAGUCUCAUUUGACGGCAUGAACUUGACGCUGCCGACACCAGAUCUCAAACCCUCGACUCCAUGGCCACACGUUGAUCAAAACCCCAACCGCAAGGGUAUGCAGUGCGUUCAGGGCAUUCUCAACCUAGCACCCAACGGGGUGGAUGAUGGAGGGCUGGUGGUGCUGAAAGGAUCGCACAAACUGAACGAGCUUUUCUUCAAGAUGCACCCCGAGACGAAAGGAGCCGGGACCUGGGGUUCUAUGGACUGGCAUGGGUUUGACGAGUCAGAGGUGGACUGGUUCAAGCAGCGUGGCUGCGAGGAGAUCAAGGUCUGCGCAGACCCUGGAGAUUUGAUCUUGUGGGACAGUCGCCAGAUCCACUACAAUAAAGUGCCUAGUUCCGGCAAUGUCAGGGCUGUCAUGUAUAUCUGUUACGCUCCGGCAUCCUUUGCCUCCAAAGAAGAUAUCAAAGAGAAGGCCAGUUACUUCCAGCAACGUCUGGGAACUGUAAACACACUGGCCCCAUGCGAAUAUAUUCCGCCAUGAAGACAAACACAUAAGGCUAGGCAAGCCGGAUACGUAUAGACGAGACCGUCCCGCGUUUGAACCUGAAGAGAGCGAUCUUGUUUUGAAACUUGCCGG